AUGCGACAACAUCUUGAUUCUCUAAUCUUAAGAGGCGGUCGUCUACUGCAACAAUUUGUUGUCGAUAACUGUGUCAAAAUGCAAGCCAAUAACUUGAGGUGGAUUGCACUCAACCAAGAUAAGAUACGUGCUGAUUUGUACAAGGGUUUAGAGGAUUCUUUACAUGCUGGAGAGCAUAACACAGAAAAUGUUGGACGACGGACCAUACUACCAUCUUCAUUCGUUGGAAGUCCAAGAGAUAUGCACCAGAGGUAUCAAGAUGCCAUGGCAUUGGUUCAUAAGUUCGGCAAGCCCGAUAUAUUUCUUACAAUGACAUGCAAUCCAUCUUGGCCAGAGAUACAAUCAGAAUUGUUGGCCGGACAAGUUCCAAACGAUCGUCCAGAUCUGCUGACACGAGUUUUUCAUGCUAAACUUGAAGAGUUGAAAAAGGAUGUUCUCGAAAGGGGCGUCCUCGGAACGGUUGUUGCUUAUGUAUAUGUGAUUGAAUUCCAAAAGAGGGGUCUUCCACAUGUUCAUAUGUUAUUAAUUCUUGAUCAAAAUGACAAGCUAACCACUCCGGAUGACUUUGAUAAGAUUGUGAGAGCAGUGAUUCCUGAUAAACAACAAGAACCAAAAUUGUAUAAGGCAGUUCUUAAACACAUGAUUCAUGGCCCAUGUGGUGUUCUCAACCACAAAUCCCCGUGUAUGAAACAAGGAAGUUGUAAGAAAGGAUUCCCUAAGGAAUUCUCCAAUGAUACAAAGCAAGGCAAUGACUCAUAUCCUCUUUACCGUCGUCCACAAGAUCGUCCAGCAGUACCGUUGCGUGAGAAUUCACGAGUUCGUGUAGAUAAUCGGUGGGUAGUCCCAUAUAAUCCUUUUUUGCUCUUAAAGUACGAUUGUCACAUCAAUAUUGAGAUAUGCAGCAUCAUCAAGUGUGUCAAAUAUCUGUAUAAGUACAUCCAUAAGGGUUCAGAUAGAGUUUCAAUGGAAGUUCAUAACGGAGAUGAGAUUGCACAAUAUGUUGAUGCACGGUGGAUUUGUGCACCCGAAGCUAUGUGGAAACUUUACAAAUUCCCCAUGACUAGAAUAUGUCCUGCCGUAGAUCGUUUGCAGGUUCAUUUGCCAAACAUGCAUCAAGUGAGGUUCGAAGGGAACCAGCAAAUCUCAAGCGUGUUAGCGAACCCAAGAAACUCUAAGACGAUGCUCACUGAAUUUUUCAAGAUGAAUUCAGUCGAUCCAAAUGCAAGGAAAUAUCUUUAUCGAGAAUUUCCUGAGCAUUACAGAUGGUUAACGAGUUCACGUGAAUGGCAGAAGAGAAAAAGUACACAACGAGUUAUGGGUCGAUUGUAUGUAGCUUCACCAUUGGAAGGAGAACGAUUUUAUUUGAGAAUGUUACUCAAUCAUGUGAGGGAGCGUACAUCGUUCGAACAUUUAAGAACGAUCAAUGGCGUCACACACCCUACAUUCAGGGCUGCAGCUGAAGCCCUCGGUCUAAUCGAGAAUGACGAAAGCAUUCGUCAAUGUCUUUUAGAAGCAUGUUCAGUACGAAUGCCAUCUGCAUUACGUCGGUUAUUUGCAACCAUAUUGGUAUAUUGUCAACCAACUGGAUUACGAGCACUCUGGGAUGAGUUUUUCCCUUACAUGGUUGAGGAUUAUCCAGCCUCAAACACAACAAGUAAUUAUGUUUUCCUCACUAACAAACUUUUGCAAGACAUAGAUAGGUUAUUAAGACCACUUAGAAAAAGGAUUUCUGACUACACAGAGUUGCCAAGCUUACCCGAAUGUACUGAUGACAUUGACGAGCUUCCUUCUAUCAUGGAAGAGUACUUUUCUGUUCCGGUUCCAGAUGAGGAUUUGGCAUGCGUUGGCACUCUCAAUAGUGACCAACAAGUUGCAUACGACACAAUAAUGAAUGCUGUCAUUUCAAAGGCUGGCUGUUCUUUCUUCGUCGAUGGUCCUGGGGGCACCGGAAAAACAUUUUUAUACAAAGCCCUUCUUGCUACUGUAAAAAGUAGAGGCGAAAUAGCUAUCCCCACUGCAACAUCUGGAAUUGCAGCAACGUUGUUGCACCAGGGAAGAACAUCACAUUCGACUUUUCAGCUCCCACUUAAUCCAGACAGCUCAUCAACUUGCUCAUUUACCAAACGUUCUAAAACUGCAAUUCUCCUAAAAAAUUCCGCUAUUAUCGUAUGGGAUGAGGCCCCAAUGACACACAGAUAUCAAUUUGAAGCUGUUGAUCGAUCACUCAAGGAUUUAAUGGGGAAUGACUUGCCGUUUGGGGGGAAAAUUAUUGUGUUCGGUGGUGAUUUCAGACAGGUUUUACCGGUGGUUCGAAAUGGAACUAGAGCUCAAAUGAUUGACGCAUCUUUUGUCAGGUCCCCUAUGUGGAGACACAUUCGUAUUUUGCGUUUGAGAGAAAAUAUGAGAUCAAUUGAUGAUAACGGCUUUGCUAAUUUCUUACUCUCUGUUGGGAACGGUAAUGAACCUACUGUUUCAGAUCAGAUGAUAAGGUUACCCACUGCCAUGAUUAUACCAACAGUGGCAGAUAGUUCGAUCGAGGCUUUGAUCGACCAGGUCUUUCCAAAUUUAAGUGAGCACGUUGGUGAUGGAAAUUUUAUAGUUGAAAGGGCGAUCAUCACACCCCUGAACGAAGACGCUGAUAGAAUAAAUAAUAAGGUUGUCGAAAAGUUUCUCGGAGAAGGAAAAACGUAUUAUUCGUUUGAUUCUGUUCCUGAAGAUAAGAGAAAUUUGUAUCAACAAGAGUUUUUGAAUUCGAUUUCUGCGUCGGGAUUGCCUCCCCAUGCUCUCACCCUGAAACCUGGGGUACCCUUAAUGCUUUUGAGAAAUAUUGAUCCUAAACAUGGUCUUUGCAAUGGAACACGGUUGCUUUGCCAUUCAUUAAAGGACAAUUUCAUUGAUGCUGAGAUUUUAACCGGACAUUCUAGGGGGAACAGAGUGUUUUUGCCAAGAAUUCCCUUGAAAACUGCUGAAGAUAUUAAAUUGCCAUUCGAGAUGGUCAGAAAGCAAUUUCCUGUGAAGUUGAGUUUUGCCUUGACUAUCAACAAGUCUCAGGGACAAACUAUUCCACAUGUUGGGAUAUUCCUCCCUGAUCAUGUAUUUAGCCACGGCCAGCUAUAUGUGGCAUUAUCACGAGGAAUUUCAGAGAACACGACAAAGAUCGUGGUAGAAAAGGGAAAGGUUCAAGGUUGUGAAGGCAUAUUCACUAAAAAUAUUGUGAUGACAGAGUACCAUUAUCCAACUUUUGAGCAUUUAUAUCCUAGCGGGGUACAACGAUAUGAUGUACGAGCCCGACUGAUUCGCAAUUAUGAUAUUUUCAACUACAACCAUAAAGGAACAACCAAGCAAACAUGGAAAAUGAUUUUUGUCGAUGUUGAGGGUCAGGCCAUACAGUGCAAUAUUUUCGGCCCCGCGAUUGAAAAGUUUAUAGGACGGUUUCAAGAGGGAUUCAUUUAUAUACUCCUUGCUGUACAAGUGAUAUUUGCUGAAGGGAAAAACAAAAUUGUCCCCAAUUGGAAACAGAUGAUCAUCAAAGAAGAAACAAAUGUGAUACGUGAAGAGGAGGAUGACAUUUCCAUACCUUCAUUCCACUACAAUUUGGUUCAGUUGAACCGAUUAAGUUGUCACAUCGACUGUACUGAUAGAGUUUAUGAUGCAAUGGGAUUGGUCCUAUACGUUUCACCGGUUGAGAAUAUUGGUGUGGAUUCAUUUAAGCGAGACGUGGCAAUAAUGGAUACAACCUGGACUGUUAUUAAAUUAACACUUUGGAAUGAUUUUGUGCACGUUCUUGAUGAAAAUCUUAAUCAUGUUGACGUGGCACCAAUCAUUGUAGCAUGUGGUCUGCAUGUCAAGAGCUUCUAUGGUACAUAUCUUUCCACGGGAUACCACACUAGGGUUUAUGUUAACCCGGUUAAUGAAAAAACAACAUCCUUAUCUACAUGGUAUAAAUCGGAAAAAUUGGCAAAGAUAAGGAGAGAUUGGUUUCGUUCGUCGACUUUUUCGUUAAAGUCGUCGAUUGAUAUUUCUAACACUCCCCGUAUCCGAUUAUCUCAAUUUCCCAGCGUGAGAAAGGUUCAAUACUGUCGAGUUGUUGCAUAUGCAUGUCGCGUUGAUAGUGUUGAUAACAUCAUAUAUGAGGCAUGCAAUCGUUGCCUAAAAAAGGUUGUCAUUUUUCAAGGACUACAAAAAUGUCAAUCUUGCAAUCUCACCAACACUGUAACUAUCCCAAGGUUGCUUCUUCGACUUACCAUAUUUGAUAAAAGUGGUAAUUUGAAAGUCACAAUAUUACACGAUCUUGCACAACACCUUUUAGGUUGUUUAGCUACUGAAAUAAAAUCAGUACUUCAACAGCCUAAUGGACGUAAUCGAGUGAUGGAAAAAGUAUUUGCAUGUUUCGGAAACAGAGCUUUUUCAUGGGUGCUACAUCCACCAAUUGGAGAUUUUAAUCCUGAACAUUCGUAUACGGUUGGAUAUGUGUUGCAUGUCGAUUGGGCGGAGGAGUGCAUGUGGUUAAACAAAUAUAUUGCGAGCAAAAAAAGAAAAUGAUAUUUACUAUUUUGUAUGUACUUCAAUUUUGAUUUUUCAAUAGGAUAUGUUAGUUGUAUCAAAAUAAUGUUAAUUUUUUUUAAUAGCUUUAAAUUCGUCAUGUAAGGCUACGAGUAUUGUAUGACC